UCCCUCCCACCCUUUCCUUGCUACUAUAAGUAAUAGAAGAACAAAGAGAAGCAAAAAAGAGGAGAGAGGAGAGGAGGAGAAACAGCACAUAAAAGAGGAGCUGAGAGAAAAAAGAAACAGGAAAGCAUUCGUGAACAGUUUGGCUCGAAGCCUUGGGAAACAGGUGACCAUGGCAUCAGUAGUACCUAUGGAGGCCCCCAUGUGUCUAGUAGAAAACCGAGAUCGAAAACUAACAGUAAACCCCAAAGCCCUACAGAUUCUAACUUCCAUCGACAAGCCAGUGGUGGUGGUAGCUAUUGUUGGACUGUACCGUACUGGGAAAUCCUACCUGAUGAACAGGCUGGCAGGAAAGAACUCAGGCUUUGCCCUGGGCUCUACUGUGCAGUCUGAGACAAAGGGCAUCUGGAUGUGGUGUGUUCUUCACCCUCGCAAACUGGAUCAUAUCUUAGUUCUGCUUGAUACCGAGGGCCUUGGAGACAUGGAAAAGGGUGACUCCAUAAAUGACUCAUGGAUCGCCCUGCUCUGCUCAGCAGCACUUUUGACUUUAUUGGCAGGAUUCACCCUGGAGCUAAGUAAUGGAUGCCCCAUAACCCCAGAUCAAUAUCUGGAAAAUGCCUUGAAACUCGUCAAAGGCAAUCACCCCAAAAUACAAAGGGCCAACCUUCCACGAGAGUGCAUCAGAAAAUUCUUUCCAAAACGCAAGUGUUUUACAUUUGACUGUCCAAUAUAUGAUAAGAAACUCUUAACCUGUCUUCAAAAUGUCCAAGAAAGCCAGCUGGAGCCUGAAUUCAAGAGUCAGACAGACAACUUCUGCUCAUACAUCUUUUCCGAUGCAAAACCCAAGGUCCUCAGUGGGGGCAUCAUGGUGAAUGGGAAUCGGUUGGGAAAGCUGCUGGAGACCUAUGUGAAGACAAUCUCUAGUGGUGACAUUCCCUGCCUGGAGAAUGCCGUGUUGUCUUUGGCUCAAAUUGAGAAUUCAGCUGCUGUGCAAAAAGCUGCAGAGCACUAUGUGGCCCUGAUGGCCCUGAAGGUGAACUUCCCCACAGAAACUCUCCAGGACCUGCUAAGCUUACAUACACUAUGUGAGAAGGAAGCCCUCUCAAUUUUCAUGAAGCAUUCUUUCAAGGAUGAGAACCAGAAGUUUCAGAAGGAAUUGGUGCAAAUCUUAGAAACCAAGAAGGAUGGUUUCAUACGUCAAAAUGAAGAAAUAUCAACCAAAAAUUGUCAAACUCAGCUUGAGCACCUCUCACAGUCCCUGAGACAAGCCAUUUCUAAAGGGACCUUCUCUGUGUCAGAAGGUUACAAUCUCUACAAGAAAAAAAAGGAAGAAAUAAUAAACAAUUAUCUUCAAGUGCCCAGGAAAGGGCUAAAGGCUGAUGAGGUCCUCCAAAAGUUUCUACAGUCACUGGCAGUGACAGAAGAUUCCAUCCUGCAGACAGAUCAAGCUCUCACUGAACAAGAGAAGGCCUUGCAAGCUGAACAGUUCAAAAGAGAAGCAGCUGAAAAGGAAAUGUUGUUGUUGAAACAGCAACAAGUUGAAAUACAGCAAAAUAUGGAAGCUCAGCAGAGAACUUUUGAAGAAAACAUCAUCCAAUUGAAAAGGAAGAUGGAGGAAGAGAGGAAUAAGAUCCUGGAAGAACAGAAUAUGAUGCUAGACGCUAAGCUAAAGGAACAAAAAAAGCUGUUGGAGGAAGGAUUUCAUGAGAAAGGUGAAGAGAUGAAAAGACAGAUGGAGAAUCUACAAAAAGAGAUGAGGGAGGCUGAGAGUAAAAAGUCCUCCUGGUGGUCCUCAGCUUUAGAUGUUUUUAGCACUGGACUGAUGUCCAUCUUACCUGGCACAGGAAAACUCAUUGGAUUGGGGUUAAAUGCAUUGAGCAGAAUUUUCAAAUGACCAAAUGAAUUUCAGUUUCUCAAAAAAGUUAAAGAAAAUAUUUGUUCCACCUAAUGAAAUAUGGCACUGAUACCUUAUAAUAUGUGUUAAUGUAUGAAUGGGUGUAUGUUCCCUGCUUCUAAUUCAAUUAAGUAUUAAAAAAUAAAGGAGAUGCUCACUAUAUAGCAUAAAGGACAAGGACAAAGUAAAAGCAUCCAUUUCCUCAGUAUAAGUGAGAUGAGACAUCAUCCAACUAAAUAAAAGACUUUUAUUCUUUAGGUAAAUGGUCUGGAAGGCAGGAAGCUUCAGUUUCUCCCCUUCUAUUCAAUGGCUCAGAGGAUUUAGAGCUAGAGGAGCCUGGAAAAGCAUGAAAUCUAACUUCCUUAUUUUACUUAUGGCUUUUGGUGGUGCAAUAGGUGGAGAGGACUGGAAGACCUGAGUUGAAAUCUAACAGCAGGCAAGGACUGUAUAUAAGCUGAAGGACCCUAAGAAAAAUAAACCUCUCUGUGCUUUAGUUUCCUCAUCCCAAAAAUGAGGGAAAUAAUAGCACCUAUUUCAAAAACUUGGCAUGAGGAUAAAAUGAGUGUUACACUUUGAAGACUCAAAGUGCUAUGUAAAUGCUAGCUCUUAAUAUGAUGAAACUCCAGGGCACAGAGAUACAAUGAUUUUUCCAAAGUCACACAGAAGAUGGUACUUGAACUGAGGUUUCUUGUCUCCAAACAUGAUCGGGCAACCAUGGAAGCAGAUUCCAACUUCUCUUCAGAGAUGAUAAAACAUAAAUUUGUUCCUUAUGCUUCUUAAGAUUUUUAAAAGGGCAAGUAGAAUAGUUUUUUUUUUUUAUUUUGAAACUUUCAAUUAUAUUUUAAAAUAGAAAUAUUUAUGUGUUAUCAUAUGUUACAUGUUUUCACUCUAUGGUCAGAAGACCUGAACUGAAAUGCCUUACUACCUGUAUGGUGUACAAACAAAGCACUUGACCAGC